AUGGGGUUUCAGGACAAACCAUUACAGGGCCAUGCACAGUCUGCAGGGCAGGCGCGCGGUGACAACUAUGCAGAGCUUUCGAGGCCAGUUCGCAGACCCGACUACGGCAUGGGCCCUCUCCCAUCGUAUAUGCCUCCCCACAGUGCCCCCGGCGCCCCCGGUGUUGGCUGGCCCUAUGUCAACCAUGGCCAAUGGAGAGAAUUGCCAACUGAAGGACCUCAUGUGGGUGCAGGAAACUCCAGGGGCAACCCUAGAGGGAACCCUCUUACUGGACCAGCUGCAAACGUGAACUAUAAUAUACCUCCAGGUGGGAGCGGCCCACAUUUUGGUGGUGCAAGUGCAAACUUCCACGGCGGGAUACCGAGCACAACAAUGGGACCCAUGUCCCAGAAUUUACACAACGCCGGGUUUCUACCACCGGCAACCGACUCAUACGCCACCGCGAAGGAACGGAAACGGAAAUCUGCGUCUGUCAAAGAGGCUGCAAGUGUUGAUUCCAAGGCGCUGAAACAACCGAAAAAGAUAUCGUGCACGCCUUGCAGAACACGUAAGAUCAAAUGCGAUGGCGUCAAACCUAUCUGCGGCUCCUGUAGUAAAAAAGGUCUUACCCCUGAACUCUGCAUCUACGAUAAUUCGCCUUGGGUGAGUACCGUGGUAAAGGAAAAACAGUUAACCGCCCAGAUACAAGAGUUGAAAGAUCAGAAUGAGACCCUGUCGCGUGAGAUGCAGGCCAUUACAAGCGCGAAAAUUCAAUUGCAAGAAGAGAACGUAAAACUGCGGGCGGCUCUUCAGAAAAGUGACAACUCUGAUGAACCUGAUUCCUUUUCAGCAGAGAGUGCCACGGCCGGUGAUCUCGCGUCAAGCUUCCCUUGUAAGGAGAAAUUCAAUGUAUUGCAGAAAUUUGACGCAAGCAGUGGUUUUGAAGCGACAGUUCAUAAGCUGGUAGGUCCUACGAGCUGGAGAGCCGCUUUAUCAGUUGACAAAAAAAUGCGGUAUAUCUUUGAUCAAAUUUCUAAAUCUGUCGAGGUUAAUAUGCAGCAGGCCCAAAAUGGCGAAGUUAUUGCACUAGCUAAUCGAAAUGAGGUCGUGAUACCGAGCAAAUCGGGCUUGCUAUUGAAUGUCAUCAAGGACCGAGAUGGUCCCACUGAGGCUCAUCGUGAAUUGGUGUCUCGUAUAUGUCAAAAGUUGCCCAGUCCGAUUGCGAUGCGAUUGCAUAUUGAGAAUUUUUUUUGUGGGAUAGCUUGCCAACUGUGUCCAGGUUCGAUGCUCAAAAGUGAAAUUCUUGGCGACUCCAAAGAAAUUUUUGGAAUCGAUUUGCUUGACCCACUUUUGGAAAGUUACGGCCAGACCAAGACUUAUGAGGUGCUAGAUGUUGACAAUGAGCUCGCAUACUGCAAAGCUGCGCGAAUGUUGAUGAUUGUCAAGAUGUCGCUUCUAUUUGGCUUGAAUAAAUUUCGACACUCGUCAGAUGCUCAGAAUUUGACUGCGCGUUUCCCGUUUUUGUCCAGCAGUACCGCGAUCAAAAAAUGUUUUGCGUCCUACAAAGACAGUGCAGAUGAUUACAAUCUGCUCACAAUAACAAACGUGUUCCUAUUCUUGGGAAAGGCACGAACAGUUCCUAAUCUACCUGCUAUUAAUGCCUUGCUUUUGUUGUAUCUGUACAGCCUUUACGGUCCAAAUUUCAGCAAUGAGCAUUUUAACGAUGCAAGUUCUUCCGUAUUAGGCCUGGCAUGCCAUAUGGCCAUUCAGCUUGGAUUUCACAAAGACAUUGAUCUGCUAUACAAAGAUGGAUCGGACGAGCUCAGGUCAAAGCUUAAGUCAACUAGGCUCAUAUUACUGGGAUACGAUGGCAGGCGAAGCCUGGUCACUGGCCUGCCGUUGCUUAUAAAUGAAUCUUACUUGAGCUCUUAUUCAACUGAUCCAAAUUUAUCACCUGAAAACCCAAGUCUUGCGGACAAGGAAAAAGCACUUAUCGCCGAAAGCGUCGGUCUCAGCAGAAAAAUCAUGGACGAAAUAUCUGGGAGAGAUAAUGAGACCAGACUCAAUUUGAAAUUGCAAAUAAACAGAUUGGCUCAGCAUCAGAAAAAGUUUUCACUCUCAAGUCUAAGUGAGCAUUUAAGAAUUUUGAAUAAGGAUCGUUUGAGUGAAGGGGAUAUUUAUUACCAUUUGCGACAAAUCAAAAAUUUCCUCCACAUUUAUGCGCUGCAACAGUCCAUGCAUUUGAUGAUCUACUUGACUUAUGACUGUUGUGGCGGUGUGGCUAAUGCAGAACAUAAGCUCACUUACUACCUUCGGACUGUUCGUCUGUCUGUUUUGUUACUUCUUUCCGUUGUUGAGGUUGGGAAAACAACUUCUAAAAUUUGCCGUGUCUACAAUUUGAACAUGGGCCGGCUGUACUAUAUCAUUCCUGCCAUGAAAGAAUGUGAAAUCCGUGCCCUCCUCUUCAUGCUUUCCAUUACCUUGAAGGACUUAUAUCACUUGAAGAAUCACCAUCACGACAACACCCGUCCCAAAUCUGACGAUAGCUAUAACGGACUUACAGCGUUCCACUUGACACUUGAACAACUGGAAGCUCACUGUCUUCGAGAAGAUACGGAUUCGCUUGAUAUUAUACGUCUCAUUUUUUCGAAAGAACAUACGUUCUCGACUUUAAAAUUUCUUUCCGCUUGCUUGGAAUCUAUCUGGAGCUGCGAUCGGGAGGUAACAGAGGCCAAUUCCGAAUAUUCAAUGGGACUAAAAGUUACGCAUACCAUGUUUAUGACUUUUGUCCAAGUUUUGCAGGACUUUCAGCUGAGCUCCGAAAGGGAAACAAUACCGAGAAUCUCUCGGGAUCGUGAAGAUACUUGUGCAGAGUGUUCUAAGGAGGAAACUGGAAAGCAGAAAGAAAGCAAGGACUGCAGAACGGGAUCAGCGGAUGUGGUCUUGAAAUCUGAGGCCGGCGAUCCUCCUAGCCAUCGAAGCUCUCCGCUUGUUUCUUCCCUAAGCGAACCCCCAAUUGUGUCAGUUAAAUUGGGCCCGGUGCGAGAUUUGACAUCUGGUGGCCAUGUGCCCAUGCCGCCAGAGUCCCCGCCUGCAUUUCACUUUCAAAAUGAGAACGACGGUUCUCUUGAAAGAUUACCACCGAAUUCCUUGAUUCCUGAUGACUCGGAAAAGUUUAUUGGAUCUGCUUUCAGUCCAGCAGAUUUUCUGUUCGAUCAGGUCGACAAUCUCCUCACUCUUGAUAGCGAAACUUUCGAUCUGAAGUUCAAAAACGAUUUGAACUGA